ACAUGUUCAAAUCAUGUUCCACAGAGUACUAUCGUGUUCUUUCGGUUAUGAGAACGUCGUAUCCUAGGUCAUAGCGGAAAAAUAAUUUAUAUCUAUUUAACAAAUUUUGUAUAGAACAUCAUGCCUAUUCGAGGUUCAACCUUAACAGCUGCUGUUGCUACAGCUGGUGUUGUAGGGGGCGCGUAUUUCGCUUAUAAUAUUUACAAAGAGUACCAGGAAGCAAAAUUACCAAAAGUAUGGCACGAAGUCGGUACACUGAAAGAUCUAUACGUGUAUCCGAUUAAAUCUUGCGGCCCAAUACUGUUGAAUAAAGUCGAAUGUACAACUUUAGGAUUGAAAGACGGCUGGUUGCGUGAUAGGGUGCUUAUGGUCGUUGACGAAAAAAAUAACUUUAUAACGGCAAGAGCUUACCCUCAUUUACUUUUGGUAAAUCCAUUGGUUCGAAAUUCGAUUCUCACGCUAAACUAUGAUGGAAUGGAAACACUUCAUGUGAAUUUGGCAGAGGUAAUAGCAUUACAAAAACCACAACAGGCUCAAGUAUGGGGUGUCAAUGUUCCUAUUUACGACUGUGGACGGGAAGCAAGCGAGUGGUUUUCAAGGUUGCUGAAUAAAACUGCAGCUUCUUUUAAACUGGUGUAUUACGCAUCGCAGGACAGUCGCGAUUUAAGGGGCCCGAAAGACAAGUUCUUUAAAAUAACUAAAAAGGAUACGGGAGCAUUCCCGGAUGAAGUCUCCUAUAAUCUAAUAAACGAAGCUUCAGUGGACGAUCUUAACACAAGACUGAAUAAAGGCAGUCAAGUGUCCCCGCGAAACUUUAGACCAAACUUCGUGCUUACUGGCGCUAAGGCCUACGAGGAGGAUAAUUGGAAAUUUAUAAAAAUAGGCAAUAAUGUAUUUGAAAUUAUCAAACCGUGUACAAGAUGUAUUCUGACUACGAUUGAUCCCGAGACCGGUGUACAUAAUGCAAAAACUGAGCCAUUGGAAAUGCUAAAAACCUAUCGUCAAUUCGAAAAUCCAGAAAUUCGUAGAUCAGUGGGUACCUCACCACGUAUGGGACUACAGAUGGCGCUACGUUCCAAACCAGGCAACACUAUUUCACUCAACGAUACCAUAUAUGCGGCAUAAUCUUCUUGUUAUAUUUUUUUAUGUUUCACGUCUCACGUACAAAAUAAAGGAUAAAUGGGUAAUAAUAUUAUUAAAUAAAUGCUAAAAUGA